GUCAUGGUGGUAGUUUAGUGACACCUUGUCGUCAAUUUUGACAGAUAUAAAAGAAUUCCUGUUGUGAAAUGGCCACUCAAAAGCCUGUUGAGUGGGUUACGUCCCUAAUUACUCGUUUUGAGGAACAACUUCCUUGUCGGACGGGACCUCAGACAACUCACUCCAGAGUCAAUGAAGAGCAAAUCAAAUCAUGCCUCAUACAAAUUAGCCGUUAUCGGUUUUCUCUAGUAAUCUCUGGACUUACAAAAAUUCUACAGAGAGUGAAUGAAAUGUUUCUUGCACUGACCAAUGGCCCGAGGACCCACAGUCAGGACUUUGAGCGUGGCUGUUACGAGUCCUUGCUGAUAGUCCUGGACACCCUGGAGAGUUGCUUGUCAAACCAGCCCAAGGACAACACUCGCUUUGAUGAGACCAUGAAUGUCAAGCUGCUUCUGCGAGAAAUAUGCCAAUUUUUAGAUGUGCCCCAUGACAAUCCAAAUGUUCUGCAGUUGAAGAAUUUGGCUUCAAAAGUUUUGUUUGCUCUGAGUCUCAACUUCUUCAUUGCUGUGUUCAACCGCAUCUCUGCAAGGCUUCAAGCCCUCAGUAAUUGCAAUGAAGAGAACCCUGACUAUAGUGACAUUGAGCUUAUUCAACACAUCAAUGUGGAUGUUGUGCGACUUAUUCGUCUCCUUAAUGAGGCAAUCAAAAAAUUAUUGUUAUUAAAAAAAUCAGCACAUGUUGUCUUGAUGGCUUCCCUGGAAAAGGCCAUUUGGAACUGGAUGGACACAUAUCCUCAUGAGUUUGCAGAUGUUCAGAAAAAUCCAAAUGAAGAAUUGGCCAAGUGCUGCGACAGUUUGUUUGACAUAUUAGACACAUUUGCAGAGUCAAACAAGAAAGGCAGGCAGACUGUGUGGCCAUUGCAAAUAAUGCUUCUCAUUCUAUCCCCAAAAGUAUUAGAAGAGAUAGUGAAUGCAGACUCUGGUGCACCUUGCUCGCCGCGGCACUCAAAGAAGAAGCAGUUCAUUGACAGUGUAAAGCGAGCAGUCGGGCCGCACAGCACCAGCAAACAACAGACUGAAGCUGCGGCUGUGACUUGUGUCAAAUUGUGUAAAGCUUCCACCUACAUCAACAUCCAGGACUCCAGCAACGUGGCGUUUGUGCUGGUCCAGAAUGUUAUUAAUGAUCUCAAGGCCUUGCUGUUCAACCCAAGUAAGCCUUUCUCUCGAGGUCAGAACUAUAUUUUCCAUGACAUGGAUCUGAUGAUAGAUUGCUUUGUGUCAUGUUUCCGGAUAAAACCUCAUAACAAUGAAGUUAUAAAAAUUUGUUUGAAUGCUACCAACCCAUCGACCUUUCACUACGUUCUAGUCAGUUCAUUAUACAAGAUUAUAACGCAGCCUCGAUUGCAAUGGUGGCCUCAGAUAGACCUUGUGUACAGCAAGUCCUCAGAACUACGGGCCAUGUUUAGUGACAUUCACAACAAAGUCACUCAGGGCUACAUCAUAACCAACACUCCUCAAAGAAUAAUACAGUCGUUGACUCUCAAGAGUAAAGACUCCAAGUCCAGGUUCCAGGACCGUGGGGAAGAGACGCCUGGUUACAAGACUCUGUUGUUGUGGAUGGUGCGGCUCAUACAUGCUGAUCCUAUGCUGAUGCUCAAUAACCAAGGCAAGGCCGGACACGAGAUCCAGAGCUCGACCUUGGAGCUGAUCAAUGGCCUAGUGAGCCUGGUACAUCAGCCUACCAUGCCUGACGUGGCUCAGGAGGCUAUGGAGGCUCUGCUGGUCCUGCAUCAGCCUGAGAAGAUAGAGGUGUGGAACCCUGAGGCUCCCAUCAACACCUUCUGGGACGUCAGUUCUCAAGUUUUAUUCUCAAUAUCUCAAAAGUUGAUUCAACACCAGAUUGUGAACUACACUGAUAUCCUAAAAUGGUUGAGAGAAAUUUUGAUUUGUCGCAACGAGUUCUUGUCGAGACACAAAGAGUAUGCUAAUGUAGGAAGUCACAUUCCUAUCUGCAAACAGGCCAACAUUAAAUUGGAGGUGGUGUUCUUCAUGUACUUGUGGAGUAUUGACAUAGAGGCUGUGCUGGUGGCCAUGUCCUGCUUCAGUCUACUGUGUGAGGAGUCUGAUAUCAGGUGUGGUCCAGAGGAGCUGUCUGUCACCCAUCUACUGCCCAACUAUCACCUCUUCCAGGAGUUGGCCCAGGCCUCCACUGUCUUAACUACAGCCAGCGGGGAUUCAAGAGUUUAUUAUCGAGAUCAUACUAUCGAUGGAAGGGCAGCCCUACAAAAACGCAUUAUGGCUCUUCUUAGAAAAAUUGAUCAUUCUGGCAAUGGAGUACAACCAGCUUGGGAAGAAACAUUUCGCAACUGGGAAAGUUCUACCAAACUGCUGACCUCAUAUCCUAAAGCCAAGCUUGAAGAUGGUCAGGUAGAACCAUUUCACCGUUCUGUGGGAAAACGUAGAGCAUCACACCAGAAUUCUGAACAUGAAUUGGAGGACCAGAUCAAUGAGUGGGCCAACAUGACAGGGUUUCUGUGUGCGCUGGGUGGAGUUUGUCUACAACGUAGGUCGCCCUGCAGACCUGUGAGUUGUGCGUCAGACAGAAAGUGCAAUGUACUACCCAACGCCGCACAAGAAGUCCAGUAUUGUCCAGUUACUCAAUUUGUUGGACAGUUGCUUCGAUUGUUGGUGUGCUGCAAUGAGAAACUCGGAGCUCAGAUCCAGAAACAUGUCAAAGAGUUGGUUGGUCAUGAGAUGUCACCAGCUUUAUACCCAAUACUAUUUGAUCAAAUCAAAACUAUUGUUGAAAAGUUCUUUGACCAACAGGGACAGGUGAUUGUGUCAGACUUUAACACACAGUUUAUUGAGCAUAUCAUCUUCAUAAUGAAAAACGUACUGGACAGUAAGACUGAGCAACCAUCAGAACACCUAGGGGCUACAAGCAUUGAGGGAAUGAUGCUGGCCAUAGUGAGGUAUGUGAGACACCUAGACAUGACAGUUCAUGCCAUCCACAUCAAGACCAAACUGUGCCAGUUGGUGGAGGCUAUGAUGAUGAGGAGAGAUGACCUAGCGUUCCGUCAGGAGAUGAAGUUCCGCAACAAGCUGGUCGAGUACCUGACUGACUGGGUGAUGGGCACCUCACAUCAGAUUGCUCCUCCCAGCUCUGGAGAUGUCAGCUCCAUUACCAGAGACUUGGACCAAGCCUGUAUGGAAGCUGUGGCAGCUCUACUGAGAGGGCUGCCUCUUCAACCAGAGGAAUCUGAUAGAGGAGACCUCAUGGAGGCCAAGAGUCAACUGUUUUUAAAGUAUUUCACAUUGUUCAUGAACCUGCUGAAUGACUGUACGGAUGUAACGUCUGAGAUAGAAGGCAAAGACACGGGACGACAGCGUGUCAACGCUAGCAAGCUCAACACUUUGAGAAACGCUACUAUACAGGCAAUGUCCAACCUGCUCUCUGCCAACAUUGACAGUGGUCUCAUGCACUCUAUUGACCUGGGCUACAACCCUGAUCUACAGACCAGAGCUGCAUUCAUGGAGGUGUUGACCAAGAUCCUGCAGCAAGGCACGGAGUUUGACACCUUAGCAGAGACUGUUCUGGCCGACAGGUUUGAACAGCUUGUGCAACUUGUGACUAUGAUCAGUGACAAGGGAGAACUGCCCAUAGCCAUGGCUCUGGCCAAUGUAGUCACUACGUCUCAGAUGGAUGAACUGGCCCGAGUGUUUGUUACACUGUUUGAUGCCAAGCACUUGCUGUCUCCUCUACUGUGGAACAUGUUCUACCGAGAGGUGGAGGUCUCAGAUUGCAUGCAGACUCUGUUCAGAGGCAACUCCCUCGGGUCCAAGAUCAUGGCCUUCUGCUUCAAGAUCUACGGCGCCUGCUACUUGCAGAGUCUGUUGGAACCUCUCGUGCGGCCUCUCAUAGAAGACCAAGCUCCCAGUUUAGAGGUUGAUCCGGCAAGGUUGGGACAAGGAGAAGAUAUUGAACAAAAUAGAAGAAACCUUAUUGCUCUGACUCAAAAAGUCUUUGAUGCGAUAGUAUCUUCUGCUGACAAAUUCCCCCCGCAACUGAGAAGCAUGUGCCACUGUUUGUAUCAAGUCCUCAGCAAGAGGUUCCCUCAAGCUCCUCAGAACAACAUCGGAGCAGUCGGGACAGUCAUCUUCUUGCGGUUCAUCAAUCCUGCUAUAGUUUCACCACAAGAAAUGGGGAUUGUUGGCAAGACUGUUCCUCAGCCAGUGAAAAGAGGACUUAUGUUGAUGUCAAAGAUCCUGCAAAACAUUGCCAACCAUGUUGAGUUCAGCAAGGAGCAACAUAUGAUUCCAUUCAAUGAUUUUCUCAGGGCACACUUUGAAGUAGGACGAAGGUUCUUCAUCCAGAUAGCGUCUGACUGUGAGACUGAGGACCAAGGUUCUCACUCCAUGUCCUUCAUCAGUGAUGCCAACGUGCUGGCUCUGCACCGACUGUUGUGGAACCAUCAGGAGCGCAUUGGCGACUACCUCAGCAGCUCUCGCGACCACAAGGCCGUAGGUCGACGACCCUUUGACAAGAUGGCCACUCUGCUGGCUUACCUCGGCCCCCCAGAGCACAAGCCUGUGGACUCCCAGUCUGUUGACAGCCUGUUGUUCUCAUCGUAUGCUCGGUGGAGCUCUAUUGACAUGUCCAGCACUAAUUUUGAGGAAAUAAUGGUGAAACACAACAUGCAUGAAAAAGAAGAAUUCAAAAGCAUCAAGUCCCUCAACAUCUUCUAUCAGGCAGGCACUUCCAAAGCAGGCCACCCAGUCUUCUACUACAUUGCAAGGCGAUACAAGAUUGGAGAGACUAACGGAGAUCUACUAAUCUACCAUGUUAUUCUGACGUUGAAGCCAUUCUGCCACUCUCCGUUUGAAUUGGUAGUUGAUUUCACACAUGCCUGCUCAGACAAUCGAUUUAGCUUGCUUAGGUCACAAAACAGGACUGAGUUUCUUCAAAAGUGGUUUUACGUACUACCAGAGGUGGCGUACGAGAACAUCCAUGCUGCGUAUGUAUACAACUGCAACUCUUGGGUUCGAGAGUACACCAAGUUCCACGACAGAAUGCUUGCUCCUCUUAAGGGAAAUCGCACGUUGAUAUUCAUUGAUGCUCCGGCUCGUCUGAAUGACUUCAUUGAACCAGACCAACAAAAACUGCCCGGAGCAACUUUAUCACUGGACGAGGAUUUGAAAGUGUUCAACAAUGCUCUGAAACUGUCUCACAAGGAUACAAAAGUGGCGAUCAAGGUGGGCCCCACGGCCAUACAGAUCACAUCUUCAGAGAAGACCAAGGUGUUGUCACACUCUGUACUGCUGAACGACGUCUACUAUGCAUCAGAGAUUGAGGAGGUGUGUCUCGUGGACGACAACCAGUUCACACUCACCAUCGCAAACGAGGCGGGGCCGCUGUCCUUCAUACACAAUGACUGCGACACCAUCGUACAGGCUAUCAUACACAUCCGUAACCGCUGGGAACUCUCGCAGCCGGAUUCAGUUACAGUCCACCAAAAGAUAAGACCGAAAGAUGUACCAGGAACUCUGCUCAACAUGGCACUGUUAAAUCUUGGAUCUUCAGAUCCCAACUUGAGGACAGCAGCUUACAACCAGCUUUGUGCUUUGACAGCCACCUUUGACCUCAAAAUUGAAGGACAACUUUUAGAAACGUCUGGGUUAUGCAUUCCUUCCAACAACACAAUAUUCAUCAAAUCUGUGAGUGAGAAGCUGGCCACAAAUGAACCUCACCUCACACUUGAGUUUCUUGAGGAAUGCAUUCAAGGUUUCCGAGUGUCAACGAUUGAACUAAAACAUUUAUGUCUAGAAUAUAUGACUCCGUGGUUGGCAAAUCUAGUCAGGUUCUGUAAGCCAUCAGAUGAAAGUAAACGACAGCAAAAAGUUGCACAGAUUUUAGAAAAACUCAUUUUACUAACCAUUCAAGAGGAACAAAUGUAUCCCUCAAUCCAGGCAAAGAUUUGGGGAUCCCUCGGACAGGUUCCAGAACUGAUAGACAUGGUGCUGGACAGCUUUAUCAAGAGGUCGGGAGAAGCAGGAGUGGGCAGUAAUGUGGUAGAGAUACUGGCCGAUACUGCAGUGGCUCUGGCCUCAGCCAACGUCCAACUGGUGGCCAAGAAAAUUAUUGGCCGACUAUGCAGGGUUCUGGACAAGACGUGUACCUCGCCCACUCCCUCUCUAGAGCAGCACAUGUUGUGGGACGACAUCGCCAUCCUGGCUCGCUACCUGCUCAUGUUGUCCUUCAACAACUGUCUAGACGUGGCCCGUCAUCUGCCGUACUUGUUCCACGCAGUCACACUGCUGGUGUGCUCUGGGUCUCUCAGCAUGCGUGCCAGCACACACGGACUGGUCAUCAACAUCAUACACUCCCUCUGCACCUGUACCAUGCCUCAGUUCUCAGAGGAGGCACAGAGAGUUCUCCGACUCAGCUUGGACGAGUUUUCUCUGCCCAAGUUCUACUUACUGUUUGGUAUCAGCAAAGUCAAAUCUGCUGCAGUCACGGCUUUUCGCUCUAGCUAUCGUAAUCCUAAUGAUUCAAGACUUGGCACUGAGAGGUAUUUAACUGGAACAUCUUCAGACAGAGAGAGGUUGUCCCUAACAUCCCUUGAAGUAAUUACAGAUGCACUUCUAGAAAUAAUGGAGGCCUGUAUGCGUGACAUCAAUGAUUGUGACUGGCUCCAAACCUGGACCUCGCUAUCCAAGUGCAUAGCUUUCUGCUUCAAUCCAGCUCUUCAGCCAAGGGCGCUCAUUGUCUUUGGUUGCAUCUCAAAAACAAUCACGGACCAAGACAUAAAGCAGCUGCUGCGUAUCCUGGUGAAGGCACUGGAGAGCUUCAAUGACAUGAUGCAGCUAGAGGCCAUUAUCAUGUGUCUGACUCGUCUCCAACCUCUGCUGCGGCCGGAGUCACCCAUACACAAGGCAUUGUUCUGGGUUGCCAUCUCUGUGCUGCAGCUGGACCAGCUUGACCUGUACAGAGCUGGGCUUGCUCUGCUGGAACAGAAUCUCCACACACUAGACUCUCAGGGCCUGUUUGAGGACAAGCCUCUAGCCCAAGUGAUGAUGUCCACACGAGAACCUCUUGAGUGGCAUUUCAAACAGCUGGAUCACGCUGUGGGGCUCAGUUUUAAAGCCAACUUCCACUUUGCCCUGGUUGGUCAUCUGUUGAAGGGGUUCCGUCACCCCACCCCCACCACUGUGUCUCGCACAUCUCGUAUACUAACUUCUCUCCUGGCUAUUGUGGCUAGGCCUCACAAGAGGGACAAGUUUGAGGUGACACCGGAGAGUGUGGCAUACCUCGCCGCCUUGGUGCCCGUGUCUGAGGAAGUGAGGAACAGGUGUCAUGUGAAGCAUACAAUGUCUCGUCUAGAUGUUCACCUCAAUCCUCAGGUAGUGGUUGCUAUGGCUGGCAGCAAAUGUGAGGCAAUGUCCACAGGACGACGCCAGAAGUCAUGGGACCUCCUAGACCAGUCGGCUAUUGCUCAGGCGCGCCAACACAAACAACAGGCUCAGGUGGGGGAGGCUAGUUGUAGUAAUAAAGGGUGGCGUAGCCUGGAUCUAGCCCCGCCCCCCCUCUACCGUACGCAGCGCUCGUCCUCUGUCCCCUCCGCAGACUGUCCCCCGCCAGAGUCUGGAGAGCGAAAUCGCAGUGCUCGAGUCUCAGUGUCCAAUGAGAACAACGUACUGUUAGACCCAGAAGUGUUGACUGACUUCUCCACUCAAGCGCUAGUCUUGACAGUACUGGCGACACUUGUUAAAUACACAAGUGAUGAGAAUGAGACCAGGAUACUUUACCAGUACCUGGCCGAGGCUUCUAUAGUCUUCCCUAGAGUCUUUCCUGUCAUUCACAGCCUGUUGGACGCUCGCCUGACCAGUGUAUUACAGAUGUGUCACGAUCAAAGCAUCCUCAGUGCUGUCCAAAGCAUCAUCCAGAACAUGAUUGCCUGUGAGGACACUAGCCAACAGCAGCUACAUUACCUUCAGUCUUGCGGCUUUGGAGGACUGUGGAGGUUUUCUGGGCCAUUUGCUAAGAGCAAUGCCACAGCAGAGAGUGCUGAACUGUUUGUCAACUGUCUGGAGGCCAUGGUGGAGACUUGUCUACCAGGAGAGGAGGGGGAGAUGGAGUUGGUCCAGUAUCCCUCCAUGCUCUCUGUUUCAUCCAACAUGAACUUAUCAUCGUCCCUGUCAAGUUUAACUUUGGGUUCCCCGACGGAUAAAGAGCCGUUGUUGGAUGUGGAAGGGACGUCGUCAUUGGCUCGGUCAUCGUACUCCAAGUCUCGCAAGUCUCCUGCGGUUGAAUGAGACUCACUGUGUCUCCUCAGGUCUGGCUCAGACUUCAGUCUCAACUGGCUCUGAGGUCUACAGAAGGUGACACAAGCUGCAGUGUUGCCAACCGUGUUGUGCAGUGUUACCAGCCCGACCAACCAACGGGUGCUUGGCCGUCGUCACUGACCAUAUGUUUAGCUUAUUACCUCUUAUGUUACAACAUUAAUUUCUCUUGUCACUCAGAUAAGAAAUCUGAAAAGUAUUACAAAAAAUACUAUCCUAUAAAAAUGUUGAACAGACCUUCCUGGAUGAACGAUAGCCUAGUAAUGUAAAAUAAACAACAUUACACCGAGAUCUGUUCUCCGAUGGUUCCGAUAGUACAGAUAUGGAAGCAUGCCAUUGCUAGCUUCAUUGUUUUAGCUUGGAACUGGAGUUUUUUUACACAUUAGUAGUACAGUUUCAAGUUUGUUAACCUUCUUGAUUUUUUACUUCACAUGUAAAGCCAAGAUGCUGUCAUCUUGACCAUUAUUUUGUUGUUGUUGUAAAAGUAGAUUUAUCCCUCGGUUACAUGUAAUUACGAACAUUAUAACAUUAUAUAAAUUGUUAAUUUAUAUCUUCAUCACAAGGACAAUAAUGAAAUUUGCCAGUUGAAAAUCAUUAAUCAAACGUUAUUUGAAGCAAAUAGAAGAUUUCAUGAAGUCCAAUCAAAAGUUCCAGAUUUAGUGUCUUACGGCUCUGAAGCAGAAACCGAAGCUUUAUAUUUACUUUUUAAGAAACUUGUUAAGUCAUUUAAAACAUAUUCUGUAAUUGAAAAAGUUAAUUUAUUACAUUAAGGCUUGCUAAAACCAAAGGCAUAACGAACAUGUGCUUUGCUUGAAUAUAAAUUUUUAACUUAUGUAUAAUGAUUGUGUUCAACAAAUGAGAAACCUUGAACACUUAACACUAUUUUCUGUUUCGACCCUGUAGAGUGUAGACAGUAAAAGUGCUACUGAGCUCACAGUGAACAUUGUGUUUCAUAAGUAAGCUUUAUUGGAGAAGUUAAACAAUAGGCAAAGUUGAAACAGGUGCUUAUUUUGGUGUAGCAAGACUCAGUGAAUACGAUAAAGAGCUUAAUUAAAUAUUUUAUUUUACAUAUAUUUAGUUUUUCAGUGUUUUAAAUGGUAGGCCUAAUUUAGUUUAGUUUUAGUGUUUUAGGUGAUGAGUGUUACAUUGUUGUACAAAUGACGAGCUUAUGUUUGUUUUGUGGCAAAAUUUUCGCCUUUACUAUUAGUUUUCGUUUCUCAUAACCAAGAUCUAGAUUGGUUGAAUAUAUUUUUUUAUUGUUUAUAACCAGCUGGUCUUGGUACUGUAAUUUUUCUGAAGUCUACCAAAGAGCUUUAAAACCAAAAUGCUGUUUCCUAAGUAUUUUAUUCUUUCUAAUUUGUGUAGUAAUAAGUUAAGUGUAAUUUAGCAUAUUUGCUCGGUGAACUGUGCAAAGUUAGGACCCACUUCAAUCAAUAGUUUUAUUUGGGUAUUUUUUGUUUUGCUUAUAUUAAACUAACUAUUUAGUUUGAGUAUGGUUACCAAGUAAAGGUCUGGAUAUUUGACAAUGAGUAUAAAGUGGUGUGUUGAUCAAAUGGAACAACCAUCCAGUGGCUAAUUAGAUGUCUCUGGCAGUUGUAAUUGCUUAAACACAAUCAGAACACUAGAACAACAGACAACCUGGUUGUUGGAGGGGAGGUCAAUGACCCCAGUGUCCAUACACAAACUGACAGUCCAUUUUAAUAGUUUUCCAACAACAAAUUAAGUGGAAUGUGGUUAUAUACCUACUUUGUUGUUACACAAAGUGAUUUGCUGCUAAGUCAACUUGUUAGUUUGACACAUCAAAAACUCAUUACUCUUUUCCAUCAAUAUUUGUAAUUCUGUGAUGGUAAUAUGUGUUAAUCAUAUUCACCUGAUUUUUGCGGAAAAUUGCUGUGAUCGCAAGCAUGAAAUUAUUUUGCAAGUGUUAGGUGUAGUUCUGUGUUAUUUACUACUAUUUCAAUACAACAUAAUUGUCACAUAUAUAGUUGUUAUUUGUCGUAAGUGUGGAAUUAAAAGAAACACCUUUGUUUACUUUUAUCAUCAAAUAGGAAGAUGUAAAAAUUUGAGUGUAUGGAGUCGCAUAUUUUUUCAAUAAUCAUGAUUAAAAGAAUGUUACUGUAGUUCUCAUAAACUUAAAAUAAGUGCAAAUACUCAUAGAGUAUGAGAAAAAUUGUGCUUAACAACUAAGGUCUUCUUAUUGUAUAACUAAGAUAUUUAAUUAAAUACUUAAAUCAAACAGAUUAUUCAGAAUAACCUUUUCUAUGUGAUCAAAUUCCCAUUGCCUUCUGAAGUGGCCCUAGUUUUUAACAAUUAUAAUACUUCAAAAAUUAAUUAUAAAGUAGUUACAUUUUAAUAUUAAAAUGUAUUACUUUUAUCAUUAUAUGAUAAUAUUAGUUUUAAUGAGUUGGCUAAGUGUGAUUUUAUUAUUUUUCAAUUGUAUUUAUUUUGUUCAAUAUGUUUGAAAUAUUUUGAACAAUUUUAAUAUUUAUUUCUAAAUGUUCACUGUUUUAAUUACAAAUUUUAAAAAUCUCUUUAAUUUUCGUUUUAGUGAUGAUAAGCUUUGGGUUCUGCAACUCAGUUUUUAAAAUUGUACAAAUUCUUUCAUAAACAACAUUGUGCUCCUUAGUAAUUUAUAAACAUGCUCAAAUAUUCCCAUCGUUCAUCAAGUAGUAUUUAGUUUGUCCCUUAUUGUGUUCUUUUAUUGUAACAGAAACAACUAGUAGAACUGUUGUGUAAUAUUUGCCAUGUUAUUUUAAGUUUUCGUUAUGAGAUAGAGGGUAUUGUUUUAUGCAAUUGGAGAUUAUUGAAUUUUUACAUUGUUCACACAGUAGCUUGUUUGGUUAAAAAGACUUGUUAAUAUUAAUAUUUUAUCGCCCACUGAAUAAAAAAGUAACUUUAGUUUAACGACAGAGAGAGGGGGAGGGUUGAAUUUAAAUUAAACAUUUUAAUCCCUACAAGUUACAGUAUUUUUCUUUGUUUAGAUUAGUUGAUUGAUUCCAAAUUAUUUCAAAAAAAUAUUGAGCACACAUAUAUUUGAGAAUGUUAUAAACCCAUUGCUGUAACAUGUUGCCAAUAGUGUAAAAAAGAAAAAAAUGUUGAGUAAGCUACAUGGAAGUGAGUUAGCAUUUCCAGUAUCAGGACUUCAACAAACGGUCCAGAUUUUUAACAAUAGUGCUAUCAAAGCCCACACUUAUGUUAAAAUGGAUGGUUGCUGUACUUACACAUCAUUUCCCACUAAAUAUUUUUUUUAUGUAAAAUAAUAGUUACCAAGUGUCAAAUCAAUUUAAUAAUUAAAUUGUGGUUUGUCCAAUAAUCAAAUUAAGAAACCCUCCUCAUCUUCUAAACGGUAGUGUGGCUGUCACAACAAUUCUGACUGCUGACAAGCUAUCAUUAUAAAAAAUCUGAAUCGUCCAACAAGUUAUUGAUUGUUAAGGCCAACACACACCAAAUCGUCCAUCCAGUGGACGGACGAUCCACACCCCAGGUUUUUACUUUUGCAGCAAUGUCAUGGUACAAUUUUAGUCUCUUGCCCCUUAGACAUGUACGUGAGCCGUCAUAUUAACUGUUCCAUAUUUAACUUAUAAUAUAAUAAUAUAACUUAGAUUAUAAACUAGCAAGCCCCAAUAAAACAGUCAACACACCUACCAGUUACAAAUGAGGGCCUGCAUGACUGUGACUAUAAGUUUUUCAACGGGCUUCGGGGGUACAGGGGUUAAAGGAGGUUCACUACCCUUAGAAGAGGGGAAACUUUCAUGGCACACACGUCUGCGGUGAAUCGCGGUGAGCGAUUCCUGAGUGUCUGUUUUUUGGCUCAUUUAAUAUGCAGGGAAGCGAUAUGUUUGUCUGUGUGCCGACGUCCGUCUGCUUACGGAUGGACGAUCGGUUGUGUGUUGACCUUUAACCUAUAAAAACAGAUGACAUUUUCUGAUUCAGUUGACAAAUAUUAUUGAAAAAGUUUUUUUAUGAGUUUCCAAUGGUUAGACACACAGAUUUAAGUUGUAAAUUAUUUUAAGCUUUAAUAUUAACUGAAAAACACUGAUUAUGGGUAUAUAACUUGACUGAUGCUGUGGUAUUAAUAAAUAAGAAUAAUAAAAGAAGUGUAUAUGUAUAUUUAUUUUUAAAGAGAAGAUUACAUGAAGGGAAGGUAUAUAUACUGUAAUAUAAAAUGAUUAGGCCUACUGAUAGUUAUAAUAUUUGCAAUUAUUUUUCUGUGCACAAUUAUUUUUAAAGUAAGGUCUAACAAAUAUGUAUAUAUAUAUCGUUUAUUAUUAAUAUUGAAUCUCUGACAAAGUUUUGAUGUUAAACCUUGCAUAUAUGUUAUAGGUGUACUAUAGAUAAUGUAUGUUAGCCCAUGUUUAUUUGUUGUUUGGGUUGACUAUGGCUUUAAAUAAUUUAUAGUUGUUCAUUGUUAGAUUUGAUUUGUGAGGAGCUUCAAUAAUAUUGUAAAUAUUUUACCUUUGCCUUAAUUAAGUUAAAAAUGUAAUGUAUCCCAAUAUUGAGUAACUGAGAAACUGUGCUUAAGACAGUGUUGUUUCUAUUAUUGUUGUAAUCACACUGCACACUGUAUAUUUUUCUAAUAAUACUUUUGUUAUUGUAUUUGUUGUAAGCUCAGAUAUUUACUCUCAUAAAUAUUCAAAAAAAUCAAUGUUUAUGUUAAUUCAGUUUAUUUUAACUUUGAGAUUUGUUUGUUUGUGAUUUAUUUUUAUUGUUUUCCCUCCUUGGAAAGAAAAACAAGAUAUAAUCCAGAUCAAGAAAUAAAUUGUUUCAGUGGAAGUAUCUAAUUUUUAAUGUUUAUCAAAUCUAUGUUGUUUUGUAAUAUAAGCGAUUGGCCUGUUUUGAUUGAUUUGGUUAUGAUUGUAAGAGUGAGGUCAAAGUGGAUAUUACUUUGCACUUUAGCCUUCACACAAUUUCAAGAGAUAGAUCUUAUGAUAACACAAUUGUAUGGGUUGAGUCGUCAUUUUUACUAUUCGUAGUUUCUGUCAUUUUAAUGUCUUACAAUUUUAUAUAUUUAAAAGCUUUACUUCAGCCAAAGUCAACUCAAGUUAUUUUUUGAUCUCAUUCGUUUUAUAUACAUAGUAACUUGGUGUACAAGCAACGAAUUUUUUUAUUCGAUUUUACUCUAGUUAUAGACAUUUUAUUAUUGUUUUGUAGGGUUAGGAUUCAGCCACAUACCUGUAUUGUUUUAUGUAAACUGUAAUAUAUGUAAUUUUGUAUGUUUAAAUCAAAUAUAGAUUAUAUUUGUCCUGA